AGUGCUGGCUGCGGUCGAACAGGAACAAUUUGUUCAAUAGAUUAUGUUUGGAGACUAAUGAAAAUGGGAAAGCUGACUGAAUUCUUUAAUUUAUAUGAAAUUAUAUCAAAAAUGCGAAAACAAAGGAUUGCAAUGGUUCAAACAAAGGAACAAUAUAUUUUAGUACAUAGAGCAGUAGCUGCACUAUUUGAACACCAACUUGAGUUAAUUGAUAAUCAUAUUUAUGAAAAUUUAGAUGAAAAUGGCCAUCCAUUGCUAAAAGACACAGAGAUUUUAAAUUCACAUGAAGCAAUGAAUGAAGAAAAUGAAAAUUCUUUUGAAAUGAAAAAGCAAGAUUAUACUAUGGAUUUUAAGAAAGAAACCAUAGAAAGUUCUUUGAGUGAAGAAUCUGAUACAACAAUUACAAAUGAUGACUUAGAAAAUACAAAUUAUGAAAGUUUUGAUGUUGGAAAUGAAACAGCAAACAAUAUAAAUUAUAGCAUAAAUGAUUAUAAUUGUGAUCAGAAUGUAAAUUUUACAAUUUCAUUGCCUCUUAAUCCAAGUAAAACCUUUACAGAUAAUUUAUCAGUUUCAACUACUAUAACAUACAAUGAUGAUAAAAUUUUAGUAGAUUCAAAGCAAAAUGAAAAUAAAAAUACAUCAAGUAAUAUUAAUGAAUGUGGUUCCCAUACAAAUGAAACAGAAUUAGACAGUAAUAGAAACAAUUUUACAAAUACAGAAACUGAAAUCAAUCCAUCUUUCUGUAUUCCAUGCGAAAAGGAAGAUAAAUCUUCUGAAAACAACUGCAAUAAUUUGACAUAUAAAACUAAUGACAUUGAAGAAAUAUUUCUUCAAAUACUUAAUGAUGACAACAGACAAGCAACUGAAAAAUUAGAUGAUAAGGCUAAAUCAAAUAAAGAUGUAUCAUCAAAAACAGUUCAGACAAUAGAAAACACAAAUGAUGGCAAUAAUGAAAUGACUGAAGAAUAUUUUAAUGAAAUGUCAGAUCAAAAUCCUGUAAAUAUAUUUGAAAAAGAUACUGUAUUGCAUAAUUUAACAAGUGAAUUGGCAUUAGCUAGUAGACAGCGCUAUAUUUGUUUAGUUACAGAAUGUGAGCAAUCUUUUUCUGAAAUUGAAAGAUUGCUGGAAGAAAAGAAUUCUGAAAAUUCAGAAAAUUUAAUUUCAAACAAUAAUAGUAAAGAAAUUUUAAGAUUUGAUCAGAUUUUCCAGAAUAACAAUCAUGUAUUGGAAGAGAUUGAAACAAAAAAUAUGAUACAUCCUUCAUUUAAUGACAGAAGUGACAAAUUUAUUCAAGAGAAACUAGAAACUGUUAACAAUAAUGAUUUAGAUUCAUUAAAUCCUAAGAAUAGUGAUUUAAUAAAUGAAAUUAAAACUGUUGAACAAACUAUAGAUUAUAAGAUAAAUUAUUUGAAAGAAAGAAUUGAUUAUGAAAAAGGAGGCAUAGAAGAAGCAUUAAUGAAAAAACAAAAAGAUAGUGAAGAAGCAAUAGAAUUUAUUGAUACUUGUAGUCAAGAAAUAUUAGGUAAUGAAUGUGAAUCAUUACAAAAUCAACAAAAUGUUAAUCAUUGUAUUGAAAAUAAAUUAAAUGAAAACAAUGCUGAGAAUUAUGAAAAUACAAAUAAGUAUGAAAAUAAUGAAAAGUUUUCAAAAUCUCUACACUAUACAAUAGAAUUAUCUAAUUCAGGAAUCAAUAAGAAAUCUGAAGAAUUUAAAAAGAUUCUUGCUGGAAGACGCAUUGGCAAAAUAUUUGAACCUGAGCAUGAUCAUUUAAAUUUUAAACAAGAAAGAUGUUCAAGUAUUUGUAUAAGUAAUUUUCAGUGUGUUGAUGAAAAACAAGAUGUUGAAACUAGUUUAAAAGGUAAAGAAAAUUGCAAUAAUACUAACAAUACUUUCCUUGAAUCUAAAAAUUGUGAAUAUGAUGAUUUCGCUAAUCAAUCUUCUGAAAAUGAAAAAUCUGCCGUAGCUCAGAAACCUAGUAUUGCAAAAUUAAAAGCACUUUUUGAAAAACCUAUAAUAAUUGAUGAAAAUACUCGUAAGUCUAAACAAAAACAAAGUCAUCCACUCUCUAGAAGUCAUAGUCAUCACAUCCAUUCAAAUAAAUCUGAUAUUUUAUAUUCUAAUGAGAAAACAGUUUUAAAACCAACAUUGUUUAACAAAGUUUCAAAAAUAUUUCAUGCUCCUUCAUACGAAGAACAUAAAAAAAUACACAAUAGUAAAUUAAAUGCUUAUAAAUAUAAUGAAGGCACAGAAACUACUGCUUUACCAAUGGAAGUUCGUGAGCAAUUCUCAAAUGCUAAUGAAAGUAAAUCUCAAUGGUAUGAUGAUUCAAAAAAGCCAUAUUCAGAUGUAAAUCUUUCUUUGAAUUCUGAGGAUCAUUUACAGUUAGACAAAAACUCAAUGACUGAGAUAAAUAGAAGAAAUUCAGAAAAUGCUGAAGUUGGAUGUUUGGAUAUUUCUUCUCUGAUGUCUUCCAUUAUUUCAGGUGAACAAAAUAUCAAUCAAACACAGUGGUAUGAACAGAAUUCACUUUUAUAUAAAGAUGCUAACAAAAAAGAUAAUUUCACACAAAAUAUUUCAAAAGAAAAAUGUACUAUUAAAGAAUAUAAUAAUAAUGAACAAAGUUCUUUGAUAUCUGAUUGUUCAAAGGGAAAAGAAUCAAAUAAAUUAUAUCAAACAAGUGCUGUUAAUCUACCAGAAGCAAAUAAAAACAAGCUUCAAAAUAUAUCUUUUAAUUCCUGUCAAGAAGCUAAUCAUAAUGAAAAACAAAUGUCCACUGAUAAAUUGGAAGCUACAACUAAAUGGUAUUUCAAAAAAGAAAGUGAUAAUGACAUUGAAAAUAGUAAUAUGAAUGAUGUAAAUAGUGAUUCAGAGUUACAGUCUUGUCAAAAUAUAGUAAGAGCUCAGCAGGAAAAUAUCGGUAAUCUAUCUCAAAAUAUGACUGAAUCAAAUCUUGAUUCUUUUCUUAAUCAACAACCACCCCUUCCACCAAAAAAGAAAAAUGACAAACCAAAAAAUAGUACUAGUUGGUAUUUAAAUGAAAACUCUCAGCAUUUAAAUAUGAAAAGUAGUACAGGAAAUGUAGAUCAUAAAGAGCAUGUGGCAGCAUAUGCAAAUGUAAUUAAAAUGAAAAAUGGAUCUCUUAUAGAAACUAAAGAUUUGAAAAAAUCAAUAUUGUACAAUCUAAAUGAAGAAAAAACUGAUUUAUAUAUGAAUGUAAAUCCAACAACGAAAAAAAAUAUUGAACAAAUUGAAAAUUCCUUACAGCAACAUCCAAGAGGUGCAAUAAUUGACCUCACAUCUCGGCAGUCUUUUGCAAAUGAACAACAAAUGGCAAAUAAUACUGAACAAAAUGUUAAAGAGGAGAAAGGAGUUCUUUCCUCAGAUUUUAAAGGAAAAUUAAAGGAAUAUAAAAAAGUAAAUCCUCCAAAAAAACUUAAAGGUUAUGAAACAAUAUGGCCUCAAAAGAGUAAUGAUAGUCAAUUUGACAAUAGUAAUUUAGAUAAGAAGUUUGCAUCUAAUAAAGAUAUAUUAAAACAACAGAAGAAUUUUGAAUUAUUUCAAGAAAAGUCUGCAGAAUGUAAAGAAAAACCUCAGCCAAAACCUAGAUCAUUAACAUCAGAUAAACAAAUAACUAAAUCAAAAUCAUCUUCAAAUAUCUUCCCAAAACAGUUUAAUGUGAAAAAUUCAGUAUCCGAUUUUACUAGAUUUAAAGAAACAUCUGUGAAUAAAGUUGUUUGUGAACUGAAUAGUAUUUUGAAUGUAUUGACAAAUCGUCCAUUUAAAUCUUCAAAACCUGAAACCUCUGUUACAGAAAAGUCUACUUGUUUAUCAUCAGAAACUUCUCAGAAGAUUCAGCCAUCUGCUCCACCUCGUAGAAAAUUGAAACAAGACAUUACAGACUGUCAUUUGUAUAAUUCUGAAGUAAAUUGUCCAGAUAAAUCAAAUUAUAUCAAUAGAAAAAUUAAUGAUAUUCAUAAUGUUGAAUCAAAUGUAAACCAAUUAUCUAAAUCCACAACAUUACCAAAUAUUAAUCAUUUAAGUUCGAGAACAGCAAAUGAAAGUGUGAAAGAAAAUAAUGAUAAGAUUUCAGAUUUUGAAUCUUCUAAAUUUACUCAAGAUUCUAAAAAACUUUAUUCAGUUUAUGAAAAUAUUGAUUGUAAUCAAUUUAAUAUUCCACAAGUAGAAAAACAAGAAUCAGCAGAUAAUUUUAAAAGUAAAUUAUAUAAAUUAAAACACUCGACAUCAGAUGCAAGUGUGUUUGCAGUUUUAAGGAACACAAAAUAUCGCAAAAAUAAAUUAUCUACAGAUAUGUCAAUCAAAUUAGAAAAGAAAUUAAAUGAUGAUGAAAACCAAACAAGAAAUUUAAAUGAAAAACACAAAAUAAUUGAAAAUAAGUCUAAUAAUUUAAGUGAAAGUUCAAAACAGUCGUAUCAAAUAAUUAAGAAACCCGAAAGACGUUCCAUGGAUGAUAUGGAUAUGUUUCCAGUUGCACCACCAAGAUCAAAACGCCAUGGUCCAACUUUAAAAAGUGUUUCAGAAAUGGAAAAAUUUACCAAAAGUUUAGAUGAAGUUGGAUUAAAGCCUGUGAUAUCUACGGAUGCUCUGAAAUCUUUAAAUUUUCCCUCUCAGCAAAGACUUCAAAGUAACUAUGCAAAUAAUGAUACAUCUAACUAUACUCAAUCAGUUUCUACAAAAAUUGGUUGUUCCACAAAUACCUUUGCUGAUACACCUAUUUUAAAGAAUCCUGUUAUACGAACAAAGUCAUUAAAAAUAACUCCCUUAAAAAAGAUGUCACAUACUUCAGCAGAAGCAAAGCUUUCCAAUAAAGAUGUUAGGACUUCCCAGAAUGAUUAUGAAGCAUCUACUACUAGCCAAUAUGCAAAAUUAUCUCAGGGUUCCAUUUGUAAAAAUCAAGAGAGUUAGUUUUAUAUAUUUAUUCUCUUGAAGAGAAUUUUAUGUACUGUAUUUUUGAGACUAUAUUAUUUGAGUUUUAAGUUACUGUUUCUUUAUUCAUGUCACUAAAAUAAAAUUGUACAUAUUUUAUAAAUUGUGUAUUAAAAUUUUAAAAGUCAUUCUGUACUUAGCAUUUAGGAUAUAAGUAUCAGCUAACAUAUUUUAAAAUUUAUUUAUUUUUUCGUGCAUGUGUGAACAUUAUAAUAUUUUUGUCAUUGUGAUAAAUAUACAAGCAUACUGAGAAUUUAUUUUAUAUGUUUUUUUUUAUUUUUUAACAUAGUUGCUAUGUAACAAAAGUUAUACAUUAUCAUUGUAUGAGGUAACUUGAUCAUUUGCUUUUUUUGUUUUUUUUCUUUCUGAGUGUGAUGUGCAUUAUAAACAUUUUUUGCAUUCCCUUUAGUGUUCCUAUAUAAAAAUGAACAAAUUAGUGAGAGGAAAAAGUAUUAACAGCUUUUCUAGUUGAAAAUCUUUGAAUUUUAUUACCAAAUAAAAUAAAACAUAUUUUUAUACAUGAUAUAUAUUAUUAUAAUAAAAGAUAUAUUGUUUGGCAUUCAUAAAAAUUUGUUACUUAAAAAUAUAUUUGUCAAUCAGUUGACAAAUUGUUCAAAUACUAAAAAGACUUAUCUUGUUGAUAAUUUUCAUGAAGGACAAUGCAUUUUGCAUUAAAAAGAAAUGUAUAUGGAAAAACUUUGUAUAUUUUAAAAACUUGGCUUUUUCCAAGAAUUUUAACAAAUAUAUUCUAAUUGAAGUAUACUUUGAUUGUUUAUAGUUUGUCAAGAUUUAUUGUUAGCUUUUAACAUGUUAAAGCUGUUUAAAAUUUAAAGUAUAUCUUGUAUAACUUUUACAGUUUUUAAAUGAAUGAGCUCUGUACUAAAGUACUGGUACAUUCAAGUUUGUUGUAAUAUUUUCAAGAAAAUCUUGUAAAAUAAAGAAAAUAUUGAAAAGAUGGAAUAUGUAUAUUUUUUCUGAUUAUAAAAUAUAGCUUUAAAAAAACAAAGUACUAAUAAAA